AUGGCCUGCCCCAGCCCAAGAAGUUCCCCAGCAAGAAAGAGGGUGAAGGCGAGAUGGAAACGGAUGAGGAGCGACUCAAGCCACGGAAGCCCAAGAAAGGCGGCAGCAGCAAGGAGGAGGAGGAGGUGGACACGGAUGAUGACAAGUGGGCGGAGGAGAAGACCAAGGAGCGGAAAGGGAAGCCGAAGAAGCCGGGCGGGAAGAAGUGGGAGACAGAUGAGGAUGAAUGGACGCCCCCGGAGGAGAAAACAAAGUGCCCCCCCCAUCGGGAUGGAGUCCCACCGCAUCGAGGACGACCAGAUCCUGGCCUCGUCCAUGCUGCGGCACGGCCUGGGAGCUCAGCGCGGUCGGCUCAACAUGCAGGCCGGCUCCAACGAGGACGAUUUCUUCGACGGCGCCUGGUGCGCGGAGGACGACACCCGGGCUCACUGGAUUGAGGUGGACACCAGGAGAACCACGAAAUUCACAGGGGUCAUCACACAGGGCCGGGACUCCCAGAUCCAUGACGAUUUUGUCACCGCUUUCUACGUGGGCUUCAGCAACGACAGCCAGAACUGGGUGAUGUACUCCAACGGCUACGAGGAGAUGCUCUUCCACGGCAACGUGGACAAGGACACGCCGGUGCUGACCGAGUUCCCGGAGCCCGUGGUCGCACGCUUCAUCCGGAUGUACCCGCAGAUCUGGAACGGGAGCCUGUGCAUGCGGCUGGAGGUGCUGGGCUGCCCCCUCUCCACCGUCAGCAGCUAUUACAGCCAGCAGAACGAGGUGACGUCCACCGACAACCUGGACUUCCGCCACCACAGCUACAAGGAUAUGAGGCAGCUCAUGAAGGUGGUGAACGAAGAGUGCCCCAGCAUCACGCGCAUCUACAACAUUGGCAAGAGCUCCCGCGGCCUGAAGAUCUAUGCCAUGGAGAUCUCGGACAAGCCGGGGGAGCAUGAGCUGGGGGAGCCUGAGUUCCGCUACACGGCCGGGCUGCACGGGAAUGAGGUGCUAGGCCGCGAGCUGCUGCUGCUGCUGAUGCAGUUCCUGUGCAAGGAGUACCAGGAUGGGAACCCGCGUGUGCGCAGCCUGGUGACCGAGACCCGCAUCCACCUCGUGCCCUCCCUCAACCCCGAUGGCUACGAGAUUGCCAGCCAGGCGGGCUCGGAGCUGGGCAACUGGGCACUGGGCCACUGGAACGAGGAAGGCUACGACAUCUUUGAGAACUUCCCGGACCUGGCCAGCGUGCUGUGGGCGGCCGAGGAGCGGAAGUGGGUCCCACACCGGGUCCCCAACCACCACAUCCCCAUCCCUGAGCACUACCUGGCCGAGGACGCCCACGUGGCUGUGGAGGUGCGCGCCAUCCUUGCCUGGAUGGAGAAGACCCCCUUCGUGCUGGGAGCCAACUUCCACGGCGGGGAGAAGCUGGUGUCGUACCCCUACGACAUGGCACGGCCGCCCCGCGAGGGAGAGGGGGAGGCGGCGGCGGGACGCUCGCCGGACGACUACGAGGACGAGAACCUGGAGGCGCAGGAGACCCCCGACCACGCCAUCUUCCGCUGGCUGGCCAUCUCCUACGCCUCGGCUCACCUCACCAUGACCGAGACCUUCCGCGGGGGCUGCCACACCCAGGACAUGACCAAUGGCAUGGGCAUCAUCAGCGGCGCCAAGUGGCACCCCCGCGUGGGGAGCCUGAACGACUUCAGCUACCUGCACACCAACUGCCUGGAGCUCUCCGUCUACCUGGGCUGUGACAAAUUCCCCCAUGCCAGCGAGCUGCAGCAGGAGUGGGAGAACAACAAGGAGUCGCUGCUCACCUUCAUGGAGCAGGUGCAUCGGGGCAUUAAGGGGGUGGUGACGGACCAGCAGGGGGACCCCAUUGCCAACGCCACCAUCAUCGUGGGAGGAAUCAAUCACAACAUGAAAACAGCCAGCAGCGGGGAUUACUGGCGCAUCCUGAACCCGGGCGAGUACCGCGUGGUGGCCAGGGCUGAAGGCUACAACCCCAGCGUCAAAACCUGCACCGUGCUGUACGACAUCGGCGCCACGCAGUGCAACUUCAUCCUCUCGCGCUCCAACUGGAAACGCAUCCGGGAGAUCAUGGCCAUGAACGGGAACCGGCCCAUCCGGCGCAUCCCGCCCGGGCGGCCCAUGACACCCCAGGAGCGCAUGAGGCUCCGCCAGCGGAUGCGCCAGCGCAUGCGGCUCCGCCAACAGAUGCGGCAGCGCAUGCUGAACGCCACCACCACCGGCGCCCCCCCCCACACUGGCCCCCACCACCUCCCUCCCCUCGCCUUCAGCAGCACCACCUUUGCCCCCUGGAGCCAGCUGCCGCCCACCGCUGCCACCUGGGAGACCGAGACCUACACCGAGCUGGAGACCGUGACGGAGCUGGUGACGGAGCUGGUGACGGAGGCUGAGGCUGGGGCCUGGGAGGUGGGCACAGGGACUGCGCAGCCCCUGACCACAGCGGAGACCUACACCGUGAACUUUGGCGAUUAGGAGGCGCUCCGGUCGCUGCUGCCUAAGGCCCAACCCAGACGCUAGCGCCUGGUGGCCAGCUCCCUGCCUGCAGCCAGCUGCCCUUUCCUCAGCUGCAGGCACGGUCAUCUGCUUCUAGAGCCCCGCGGCUCCGGGCAGCCUGCUGUCGACCCAGCACUCACCCCCACCGGCCUCCUGCUUCCAUGCCAGGCUCACCACGCCGCUUUCUAGGAGUCCAGGGGGACGUAGCUUCCCGCAGGGGGCUGGGCAGGGGGGUGCCUGACCCUCCUGGGCAGGAAACGACGGGAUCCCCUUGAGACCGGGCAGCACCAGCAGCUGGCCAGGCUCAGGGAGCGAGGGAGGGUUGAUGCGGGACUCGGCUCAGCAGGGGGAGCUGGGACCCUCUCCAGGGCAGGGCCCAGGAGGCAGGGGCAGUGCAGCCCAGCGGGCAGCUGGGUUCCUCCACGCGGUUCCUGUUAUACGAAUAAAUCCAGCUACGU